AUGGCACGCCUAAACAUGGGUCUCCUCUUUGCUCUCCUGUGUCUCCCCGUCGCCCUGGUGCUUUGCCACAGCAGCAUCUAUGAGCGCUCCGUGGUGCCUCGCGCAGCCUCGCGGUCUGUAGCACGGAUGGAUGGAGAUGUCAUCAUUGGAGCUCUCUUCUCCGUGCACCACCAACCCUCAGCGGAGAAGGUGGCUGAGCGUAAGUGUGGAGAUGUGCGUGAGCAGUAUGGCAUUCAGAGAGUGGAGGCUAUGUUUCACACGUUGGACCGGAUCAACGCAGACCCGUACCUGCUGCCCAACAUCAGUCUCGGCUGUGAGGUUCGGGAUUCCUGCUGGCACUCUUCAGUGGCUUUGGAGCAGAGCAUUGAGUUCAUAAGAGACUCUCUGAUCUCAAUCCGCGAUGACAAGGAUGGGUCAAAGUGGUGCAUAGAUGGUACUCCUUCCAACCAGCCUCCCCCCACCAAGAAGCCCAUAGCAGGAGUCAUCGGACCUGGCUCCAGCUCAGUGGCCAUCCAAGUCCAGAACCUGCUGCAGCUCUUCAACAUCCCACAGAUCGCGUACUCUGCCACCAGCAUCGAUCUGAGCGACAAGACCCUGUUCAAGUAUUUCCUGAGAGUGGUGCCCUCUGACACUCUGCAGGCACGAGCCAUGCUCGACAUUGUCAAGAGGUACAACUGGACCUAUGUGUCAGCUGUGCACACAGAAGGAAACUACGGAGAGAGUGGUAUGGAGGCCUUCAAGGAGAUCGCAUCUCAGGAGGGGCUGUGCAUCGCUCACUCAGACAAGAUCUACAGUAACGCUGGAGAACGCCAUUUUGACCGUCUGCUGAAGAAGCUGAGAGAGCGUCUGCCCAAAGCUCGAGUGGUGGUGUGCUUCUGUGAGGGCAUGACGGUGCGCGGGCUGCUUAUGGCCAUGAGGAGGCUGGGCGUGUUGGGAGACUUCCUCCUCAUCGGCAGUGAUGGAUGGGCCGACCGCUAUGAAGUGGUGGAAGGAUAUGAACAGGAGGCAGAAGGAGGCAUCACCAUAAAGCUCCAGUCGGAGGUGGUGAAGUCCUUUGAUGACUACUAUCUCAAACUGAGGCUGGACACCAACACCAGAAACCCCUGGUUCCCUGAAUUCUGGCAGUACCGCUUUCAGUGCCGCUUGGCUGGACACCCCCAGGAGAACAAGAACUACAAGAGGCUCUGCUCUGGUAACGAGAGCCUCCAGGAGAACUAUGUGCAGGACAGUAAAAUGGGCUUUGUGAUCAAUGCAAUCUACGCCAUGGCUCAUGGCCUCCACGACAUGCACAAGGAACUGUGUCCAGGUCAGCCCGGCCUCUGUGACGCCAUGAACCCCAUCGACGGCAGCAAACUGUUGGACUACCUGCUCAAGACCUCCUUCAGGGGCGUGUCAGGGGAGGAAAUUUACUUUGAUGAGAACGGAGACACGCCAGGAAGGUACGACAUCAUGAACCUGCAGAAUGUGGGGGAUGGUCGCUAUGACUACCUUAAAGUGGGCUCGUGGCAUGAGGGAGUCUUGAGCGUUGAUGACAAUAAGUUGUGGAUGAACAGCAGUGAGAUGGUGCGCUCUGUGUGCAGUGAGCCCUGCUCCAAAGGACAGAUCAAGGUGAUUCGUAAGGGUGAGGUGAGCUGCUGCUGGAUUUGCACCACUUGUAAAGACAAUGAAAUAGUGCAGGAUGAGUUCACCUGCAAAGCUUGUGAGCUGGGGUGGUGGCCGGACGAUGAUCUGGCAGGUUGCCAGCCCCUCCCUCUCAAAUACCUGGACUGGGCAGAUGUUGAGUCCAUCAUUGCGGUGGCCUUCUCUUGUGUGGGUAUCCUGAUCACCUCCUUCGUCACCUUCGUGUUCAUCCAGUACCGGGACACUCCUGUGGUCAAGUCCUCCAGCCGGGAGCUCUGUUACAUCAUUUUGGCCGGCAUCUUCCUUGGCUACAUCUGCCCCUUCACCCUCAUUGCCCGCCCCACUGUUGCCUCAUGCUACCUACAGCGCCUCCUAGUGGGGCUGUCCUCCUCUAUGUGCUACUCCGCUCUGGUGACCAAAACCAAUCGGAUCGCUCGUAUUUUGGCCGGCAGCAAGAAGAAAAUCUGCACCAGGAAGCCACGUUUUAUGAGCGCUUGGGCCCAAGUCAUAAUAGCCUUCAUGUUAAUCAGCGUUCAGCUUACACUGGAAAUCACACUUAUUAUCUUGGAGCCACCUGAACCUAUCAAAUCCUACCCAAGCAUCCGUGAGGUCUACCUUAUAUGUAAUACCAGCAACCUGGGCAUGGUGGCGCCGCUGGGUUACAAUGGCCUGCUAAUCAUGAGCUGCACAUACUACGCCUUCAAGACACGCAACGUCCCAGCCAAUUUCAAUGAGGCGAAAUACAUAGCUUUUACUAUGUACACUACCUGCAUCAUCUGGCUGGCUUUUGUCCCUAUUUACUUUGGCUCCAAUUAUAAGAUCAUAACCACAUCGUUCUCCGUCAGCCUCAGUGUCACAGUUGCCCUGGGUUGCAUGUUCACCCCCAAAAUGUACAUUAUAAUAGCCAAACCAGAGAGGAAUGUUCGUAGCGCCUUCACCACGUCUGAUGUGGUGAGGAUGCAUGUUGGAGAUGGGAAGUCUGCACAGUGUGGGAGCAACAGUUUUCUCAACAUGUUCAGGAGGAAGAAGCCCGUGACUGGGAACGCCAAUUCUAAUGGCAAGUCUGUGUCAUGGUCUGAAUCAGGUCCAAGACACCCUCCGAAGGGGGGGAGUGUGUGGCACAGACUGUCUGUGCAUGUGAGGAAACAGGAAGCCGGCCUGAAUCAGACGGCGGUCAUCAGGCCCCUAACUAACACCCCCGACCCCCACAGCUGUGACCCUCCCACGGCCGACCUUGGCACAGACACCCAUACCCCCCCGGACCCACCUGGAGGCACCCAAAAGCCACCCCUGCACAAUGUGGCGGAAGAGAACACUGAGGACAGCAUGCAGCGGCCAUUUUGGACCCCCACUUGCUCGGGACAAAAGCAGGAUUCUCAUUUGGGAUGUCCGACUGCAGCGGGGUUAGUGGACACCCAUAUUUCCCAUGUCCCAUCACUAAACGACCACCCCACUAUUGAAUCCAAGUCUACCAACGAGCCUUUGAGCCUGACCCCCUCACGGCUUUCUACAGGGGGCGCCGCGGAGGAGAAUCUGGACUUAUUGCACAGCUACAUUUACAAGGGACAGCAGGAGGAGGUAGAGGAGGAGGCGGGGGAGGAAGAUGGUUUACUUCCUCACAAAGCAGGUCUGGAGGAGUCCCUGGCCCUGUCUCCCCCCUCCCCUUUCAGAGACUCUAUUUGUUCAGAGGACUCGGGCAGCGGCAGCCCCCCCAGCUCCAUCUACACAGCCGACAUACUACGAGACUUUGCACAUAGCUCCUCUACACUGUGA